AAGUCAUCAGUCAAGGUCUCCUCAUUAAUGUUGAGGUGUUUUUAUAAACUCUUUAAGAACAACUUCGCUUAGACGCCUAAACGUGAAAUGGAGUUUGGAAUUUUUGGGUGGUGGCUCAUGUUGGCAGCCUUGUUUCAAUUAUCUUCUAUUCAUGGUUGUUUGAGGGAAGAGAGAGUAGCUCUCUUGCAAUUCAAAGCUUCCCUGAACUCCUCGUAUGAUUACUUGACAUCUUGGAACUCAUCUCACGAGGAGAGUAAUUGCUGCGAUUGGAAAUAUGUUAUGUGCAACAACACUACAAGGCAUGUAAUCAAGCUUGAUCUCCAUCAUGUGAGGGACUUUUCUAAUAAUGAUCAUGAAGUUUGGUAUCUGAAUGCCUCUCUGUUUCUUCCCUUUCAAGAGCUCAAGUACCUGGAUUUGGGUUGGAAUGAAGUAUCUGGAUGGGUUCCAAAUGAAGGUUUUGAAAGAUUAUCCAGAUUGAGCAAGCUAGAGGUGCUUAAUUUGGAUGGGAAUUACAUCAAUGAAAGCUUCCUGUCAUCCCUUGGUCAGAUUUUAACGCUGAAGAAACUAUAUUUGAGGUACAACAAGCUCUUAGUCGAUCGACCAAUCAAUAUCCCAAUUUCAGAGUUGAGGAGACUAAAGAACCUACAGGAGUUGUAUUUGGAUGAUACCAACAUUGACAAAAGCUUCCUCCAUAAAGUUGGAGUUAUGACUUCCCUUAAUGUAUUGUCAAUGCAAGGUUGUGGACUCAAUGGAAGCUUGCCCAUCGUUCAAGGCUGGUGUGAGCUUGCGAAUCUACAAGAGUUAGUUCUCAGCUAUAAUAUGUUUGAAGGCAUACUACCCUCAUGUUUGGCAAACAUGACAAAACUUCAAAUAUUUGAUAUUGCUUUCAAUCGCUUUAAUGGAAGCAUUGAUCUCUCCCCUCUACCUAGUUUGAAGUCACUUGAGUACCUUCAUUUAUCAGAUAACUACUUCAACCCAAUCACAUUCUCCUCAUUUCUUAAUCUCUCAAAGCUUGAGGUCAUAUUUAGUGAUGGCAACAAAUUGGUUGUUGAAACUCUAUCUCAAAGACAGAAUCUUGGCUUCCAAUUAAAGGGUUUCAGUUGUUCAAGUUGCUUAUCUACCAAGUCUAGUAGAAUAAUUACUAGAUUCCUUCAUUACCAGUUUGACUUGCAAAUAUUACAUCUCCCUCACAAUAAUUUUUCAGGACAGUUCCCCACAUGGUUGCUAGAAAACCAUACAAGGUUGGCGGCUCUUAGUUUGCAAAAUAACUCAUUGACAGGAACUUUGCAGCUGCCCAAUCAUUCUAUUCCCAACCUUUUGAUUUUAGAUAUUUCAUUUAAUAAUAUACAAGGUCCAAUUCCAACUAACUUUGGUUUAGUUUUUCCAAAUCUAGAUCAUUUAAAUAUUUCUAAAAUUAACUUUAAUGGCACUAUUCCUUUUUCUUUUGGUAAUCUGGCCUUCUUAAGAUAUUUAGACAUGUCAAGCAAUACUUUUUCGAGAAUAAUAUCAGAAAAUUUGACAAUGGGUUGCUCCUCCUUACACCACCUUAUAUUGUCCAAAAAUCAUUUGAGUGGCCAAUUAUUUCCUGCCAAUUUGAAUCUAACAACCCUACUAACUUUGCAUUUGGACAACAACCGCUUUACCGGAGAGAUCUCACAUAGCAUAUCUAAUCUAACGACCUUGUAUGCAAUUGAUUUCAGUAAUAACAAUUUGUUAGGGAUGCUUCCAAGAUGGAUGAGAGACAUGACGUCAUUGAGGGGUAUUGCUCUCACAAAAAAUCAGCUUGAAGGUCCCAUUCCAGUUGAGUUAUGUAACUUGGAAAAACUUUUAUUUCUUGAUCUUUCCCAUAACAAUCUGAAUGGCUCUAUGCCCUCUUGCUUCAACUGGUCCAAGAUCAAACAUGUUCAUUUGAAUAAAAAUAGGCUAACCGGUCCCAUUACCAGUGCAUUCAAGGGUUGCUCUAAAUUAGUCACUCUAAAUCUUAGAGAUAACUACCUUACUGGCAACAUUCCAGAUUGGAUCGGCAACCUUUCAAGUUUGAACAUUCUCCUCUUGAAAGCAAAUUAUUUGCAAGGGAAAAUUCCAUUUCAAAUAUGCCUUUUAGAAAAACUAAGCUUGUUGGAUCUUUCCCACAAUAGUUUUUUUGGUCAAAUACCACAUUACUUGAGUAACAUUACUUUCGAUCCGACCUACACAAAAUCUAUUAUACAAGGCUGGAUCUUUAUUGGUAGCUAUGUCAUACUUUCUGACAUAUUGUCAAAAAUCUUCCAUUCCAGAAUGAACAUGUACUUUAUGUCUGAUCUAAUACCAGUGGUGGAUCUAUUACAAGAAGUGGAGUUCACAACAAAGAAUACAAUUCUCUCCUACAAAGGUGACAUCCUCAACUACAUGUCUGGGAUUGACCUCUCAUGCAACAAAUUACAAGGAGAAAUUCCAGCCGAUCUUGGAGACUUGAGUAGCAUCCAUGCAUUGAACUUGUCAUUCAACAAUCUAACCGGAUCAAUCCCUAGCCAAUUCUCGAAUCUUCAGCAAAUUGAGAGCUUGGAUCUAUCCCAUAAUAACUUGGAUGGUUCUAUUCCCCCUCAAUUGAUAGAAUUGAACUCUUUGGAGGUAUUCAAUGUGGCACACAAUAACUUAUGGGGAUCAACACCAGAAAGAAAAGAUCAAUUUGGUACCUUUGAUGAAAGCAGUUACGAGGGAAAUCCUCUCCUGUGUGGACCUCCACUACAUAAGGCUUGCACUAAAAUUCGAACAUCAUCUAACAUUCCAACUGAUGAUGAGGGAGAUGAAGCUUGUGGUUUUAUGGACUUGGGAGUUUUCUACGUUAGCUUUGUAGUGUCUUACACGAUAAUGCUGCUUGGAAUUGUUGCCAUUCUCUACAUAAAUCCGCACUGGCGACAGGCUUGGUUUAACUUUGUUGAAUUGUGCAUCUCCACUUGCUACUAUUUUGUUGUGAUCAACACUUGUAAGCUAUCUAGCUUUAGAAUUGUGUAGCUUUGUGUUUUGAUGUUUGCAUUUUCGUAUGUCAUUUGUUUUUCUUUUCUUCAAUUUCAAGCUUGAAGUUUAAAUAACAUAUAUGAGACCUGAAAGCUUGAUCAUUGGAAUUGUAACUUUAGUAGUCAAUUAGUGAACAAUCAGACAAGAUGCUUGAACGAUA